AUGAACGGUGGCAGCGGCCUUCUGAGAGCUUCGGUGGGGUUCCCUGGCUGCCUGCAUGGUGGCAGCAAAUCAGAGGGCACGCUGGAGGGCCGUGGCUGGCGCGUCCAGCAGGACAAGUGCAGCCAACAUCCGGAAGCCUCCCAGGGCCCCCUCCUUCUGGAUAAACCAGUUCAGUUGCACCCCACUUUCCCCCAGGGUAAAGAAGGGGACUCUUCUGCCCGGAAUGCUCAGGCCCAAGAUGCAAGCCUCCAGUCACCUGGCUUAGAGCCCCAGUCCCCUGUGUGGCCAGGACAUGAUGCAGAAGCUUCUCAGGAGCCCCUGAGAGUUUCCAGCAGUAACCUGGGAAACACCUGGAGCAGUGAGAGCAACGUGAGGAGCAUGCGACACUCCCACCUGGCAAAGGGCAGUGACACCAGCCAGCUGAGCAGCGGGUAUGCAGGUGAUGAGGAGAGCAGCGAUGUCAGCCUGGUGGGCAGCAGUCAAACCGUGAGGUUGAACAGAAGACUCAGAACCCAGAGAGGCGGCACUCACCCUCCCAGCCAGGCCAGCAGCUCCCAGCAGACUGGAGGGGAAAAGUGA